AUCUCUCUGCUCUUUUAUCACUGCAACUUCUGGUCUCCUGUUUUACAUUGCAAUAAACUCACAUCGACUACCGGCCUAACCCCUAACGUUCCGUGCCCGACGAAUCCACGCGUUUGUUCUGGCCCUGUCUGUCGCCGUCUACCCGCACGCGCGCCCUUGAACCACCAAGAGCAAGACUUGUCUGUCUUUCUUCUCCUUCUGCCGCCUACCCUUUCGACUUUUUACUCCUUCAACACGCCACCCAUCGUGAUUGAUUCCAUCGUCCACAAUACUCAAGGCGAAAGAGGAGAAGAGAAUAUUUGAGAGUGAAAGAAAAAAAAAAUUUUUUCACACGAAAAGCUCAUAGAUUGUUUGCCCGUCGAUUCCCUAUCGAUUCGAGCGAGGCUAAGGGUCAGGAAGAAAAGGAUCUCCAACCCCGACUUUUUUUUCUCUCUGUUAACUGCUAUUGCACUCCUACAACUGCUUACUAUCGUCGUUCAUCACACGUCUUCGGCGCAGGAUUCGAUUGUGUCUCGAUCGGAUUACCUCUUGGUUCUCACCCCAUCUCGUGUCUGUCCAUUGCAGAGAAAAAAAAAAUUGAUUCGGGCUGGUUGAGGACUUGAGAAUUCUAACUUUGCCAUUACUAUCUUGUCUCUCUUUUUAAAAUCUAUCGAACGGAGCCAAAGUUCUUGUUAUCGAGGCAGGCCUACUGGCCUAUCUUUGCCGACGUUUUUGAUCCAGCUGUUGCUCGCUUUUCGACUCCACAUUUAUCUGGGAGGCUUUAUUUCUUCUUUUCUGCCGAGUCUCGAUUUUUAGAUUGGUCGAGCGACAUUUUCUUACUUCGUCGUUUCUCUCCUCCUCCUCUCCCCUUCCCCACCUAAUUUCUCUCAUCACCGUACGUCAUGGCUGAUCAAGACGUGGAUUUGGAUUCUAUCAUUGAUAGAUUGUUGGAAGUGAGGGGCAGUCGGCCUGGAAAACAAGUGCAGUUGCUGGAGUCUGAGAUCCGUCAUUUGUGUACCAAGGCUCGGGAAAUUUUCAUUUCACAACCCAUUUUGCUCGAGCUCGAAGCGCCCAUCAAGAUUUGCGGUGAUAUUCACGGUCAAUACUACGAUCUUCUACGUCUGUUCGAAUACGGUGGCUUCCCUCCCGAGGCAAACUAUCUCUUCCUUGGAGACUAUGUCGACCGUGGCAAGCAGUCCCUCGAGACCAUCUGCUUGUUGCUUGCUUACAAGAUCAAAUAUCCCGAAAACUUCUUCAUUCUCCGCGGGAACCACGAAUGCGCCUCGAUCAACCGAAUCUAUGGCUUUUACGAUGAGUGCAAGCGCCGAUACAACAUUAAGCUGUGGAAGACUUUUACGGAUUGCUUUAAUUGCUUGCCUAUUGCCGCCAUCAUUGACGAGAAGAUUUUCACUAUGCACGGAGGUUUGAGUCCAGAUCUCAAUUCAAUGGAGCAGAUUCGUCGUGUGAUGCGUCCUACUGAUAUUCCCGAUUGCGGAUUGCUCUGUGAUCUUCUUUGGUCGGAUCCUGACAAAGACAUCACUGGCUGGAGCGAAAACGACCGAGGCGUUUCGUUCACGUUUGGACCAGAUGUUGUGUCUCGAUUCUUGCAAAAACACGAUAUGGAUUUGAUCUGCCGGGCCCACCAAGUCGUCGAGGACGGUUACGAAUUUUUCUCGAAACGUCAGUUAGUGACUUUGUUCAGCGCUCCCAAUUACUGCGGAGAAUUCGACAAUGCCGGGGCGAUGAUGAGUGUGGAUGAAAGCUUGCUAUGUUCAUUCCAGAUUCUGAAACCAGCCGAAAAGAAACAAAACAGGUUCGGACGGAAAUAAGAACAGCAGAUUGACAACUUCGGUUCAACACGCCAAUUCCUUGAUUCCUUAUCCUAGCGAUUCGCCUUGACCGACCGACUCAACAAUCGACUUUACGAUCGUGUAUUCUCGAUUCGACCGAACGACCAGACUAUUCAUUAAUUACAUCUUGUUUUACUAUACUCGCUAUCCAUCGAUCUGGUCCCGUAAUCGCCUCCCUCCUUUUUUCUUGAGUCGGAUCGCAUCAGGUCUAUACUAAUGGUAAAUGUUUUGACCACGAAAACACGAAUUCCUACCACGCAUGAACAUUUGAUAUAGUCGAAUAGUUGUUAUUUGGACUGAGAAGAGAGAACAAGAGAAGGGGUUUGGUGGGUGAAGAAAAGGAAGAAGAAAAGAUGAAAGGAAAAGGAAAUCUGUUGAAUUCGCAAGUUACUCGGCGAUGAGUGUAUGUGUGUGUGUGGUUCUUUUUAUGCUCUCAAGUGUGUGUUUUUCUGUGUGAUGUCAUGCGAUCGAUGCAAGUGCAUAAGAUAUGGACAUGAUGGAUAUAGGAUAGGAUAGGAAAUGGGGAUCAGCUCUUGGUUUUUUCUUUUCGACUGAUUUAGCAUUUUCUUUUCCUUUUUCUUUUUCUUUUUUGCGCGUGUUGGUUUAUUUAUUUAUUUUUUUUCUUUUCGAUUUCAUCUCUUAGGUUAGGUUAGGCUGAUUUCUAUGGCAUGCAAUACCAUGUCAUGAUGCUUCAAAUUCAAUCCGAUUUAGCUACCAGGUACCGGCUCGUACGUUGUAACCUGACACUGAAGAGACUGGUAUGUACUUCUACAUACCAUCCACCAGAAAUCUUCUCUUGAGUCUUGAAUAAUUUUGAUUUGUAUUUGAUUGUAUGAUUCGCUUCCCAAAACGACACUAACAUUGUAAACAGCGAUAGAAAAGAACAAGGGAACAGUACGUAUCAAGACAGGAGGACGAAGCAGAAGACACGAUUGGGAUAGGUUUGGGGGGUUUAUCUAGAUUAGGUAGCUGUAGGGUUUGCUUUGACGGAUAGCUUAGUGCUAGAUCACGACAAAAUGGUUAGAUGUGAUAGUCGAGAAGGGGAUUACACAUAUUGCGAAAGCCAUCUGAUAGCUUCUCCGUAUCC